CAAUAGCUUUCGCUAAUUUGGCAAAGAGGCCUCCCAUUUGCGGCAAUGCAAAUGCACCUCCUCUUUCCCUCAUUAAUUGAAAUCGCUGCCCCAGAUCGUGCAAGUGAAGAAGCUGCUAGCUAUUAGCUAUGGCUAGAGGAAAGAUCCAGAUCAAGAGGAUAGAGAACAACACCAACCGCCAGGUCACUUACUCUAAACGACGGAAUGGCCUUUUCAAGAAGGCCAACGAGCUUACCGUUCUCUGCGAUGCCAAGGUUUCUAUUAUUAUGUUCUCCAGCACUGGAAAACUCCACCAGUACAUCAGCCCCUCCACCUCAACAAAGCAGUUCUUCGAUCAAUACCAGAUGACUCUGGGAGUUGAUCUCUGGAACUCUCAUUACGAGAAUAUGCAAGAGAACUUGAAGAAACUGAAAGAGGUGAAUAGGAAUCUUCGUAAGGAGAUUAGGCAGAGAAUGGGAGAUUGUCUGAACGAGCUGGGCAUGGAAGAUCUCAAGCUCCUUGAGGAAGAAAUGGACAAGGCCGCCAAGGUUGUUCGUGAGCGUAAGUAUAAGGUGAUAACAAAUCAGAUUGACACCCAGAGGAAAAAGUUUAAUAACGAGAAAGAAGUGCACAACAGGCUCCUGCAUGACUUGGAUGCAAAAGCAGAAGAUCCACGUUUUGCAUUGAUAGAUAAUGGAGGGGAGUAUGAGUCUGUGAUCGGAUUCUCAAAUUUAGGUCCACGCAUGUUCGCAUUGAGCAUACAACCAAGCCAUCCUAGUGCCCAUAGCGGAGGAGCAGGCUCUGAUCUUACCACUUACCCUUUACUUUUCUAGUACGCAAUUGCUUAAGCUCUCUCCACCAGAAAUACCAUAUUCACUCAAAUUUCAAUAAGAAUGACUUGUUGCAGUUUGUACUUAACCACAAAACAAUCUCACGAAUCUUCUCCGUGGAACGCAUGUGUGAAUUAUUCAAUUGCAACUACUGUUAUCUGUAUUUUCUUUUUGCCUAAUCAUAUACCAUAAACAUGAAGUUGUGCUUCCUUUUAUUGAGAAUGGUUUAGCAUGCAUGAUUAU